UGGGGUAACGGGGCUCCCAAAAAACUGUCACACAUAACUUCCCCAGCUCAAACCACGUGUUAAAAUCGUUUGAGAAGUCCACAGCCAUCAAAUCACCUCCUGGGUAACUGUAGCCUUGAAUCAACCCCAGGCCUCUGGAUCACCAUUCCAGAUCAUCUCAGAACCCUGUGACCCGUCUCCCACCGCUUCACCCUGGACGACAGGGUCUGCGUCUGGGGAAAGGGGCUGUCCUGGAGGAGGAGGGCUCGGCAGUGGGGUGCUGCUCUCCAUCACACACUCUGAGUCUAAGACCAGUGGUGUGUCUGAGCGGGCCAGAGGGAACAAGCCCACAGAGGAGGGAGAGACCGAGAGGAGGAGGAGAGGACUUCAGAGCCAAAGACUCUGGGGUAAUAAUGAUAAGUCUUAUGUAACAAUGUGUUGUUUCUUUUGUCCCAAAGUCCAAGAUUUUUCAUUCAUUUUUCUCUGGCAGAUCUUUGCCAUGAGGUUUGAUGCCUCGAUCCACUGACCUGAGACACUGGACCUAAAUGGCGCAGCAUGACUUUGUCCCUGCCUGGCUAAACUUCGCCACGCCCCAGCCUGCCAAGGUGAGCUCCUGUGUGUGUGUACGUGCGGGCGUGCAGCCAGGGGCAGGCCGAUCGGGGGCAGACUGACUGCCAUCAGCACAGGGUUCAGGAAAGAUACUGUGUGUACUCAGGGGAAACAGACAGGAGAAACGCAAGUAAGUGGAAUUGAAUGAGUGAAUACUGUGUACCAGAGAUAUUUGUUCCUCAACGAGUGGCUAUCUUCCAGGCUCUGAUAGAAAUGUGUUUUCUUAGUGUGGUAAGUGAAAUCAGUAGAAAGGGAAAGAUAAAUGGGCAGGAGAGCUUGUUGUGGUGUGAUCUUGCUCUUGGAACUACUAGACACAGGGUUGAGAUUCAGCUCUGUAGCAAAUGAGAUCAGUGUUUCUAUACUCUCAGCAAGAGCUUGGAGUAGUCAGGGUGUAGCCUAUACCAGGUGACUUUCAGGGUGUACCAGACAAAUUACUUGUCUGUGGUGUGGACAGACCUCAACCUUGGUCAGUGGCAGUCCAGUAAGAUCAAUCUGAUAUUGGUGACUAAUGGACUACACAAAGUUAUUACAUAAACACCAAACCUAAGCUGCAUAAUGUCUACAUUACUGUAUAUUACAUAGAUAUGUGUAUUAUGUUUCUGUGUGAUAUUCUUCUGCUAAUGAAAUCAGAUAAAAUGUGAAGAGUUUGGUGUGGGAGAAGGAUUCCUGUUUCCCACUCCUGAAAGUGUGUGUGUGUGUGGAGAUACUAGAGGACUAGGGGUAUUAUCUGGGAGCAGAUGAUUUCACUUCACUUACUUUUUUUGUGUCCAGUCCCCUGCAGCCAGCCUCGAGAAGCAUGGCAACCCCCAUCACCACCGGGACAGCCGUGCUGCUGUGAGCCGCCGCCGACACAACUCCUCCGAUGGCUUCUUCAACAACGGGCCCCUACACGCCCCCGCAGGUAACCCCGAUGAUCCUAACCCCCUGCACACCCCCAAAAAGUAUGUUGACAGCUCGCUUGAAAGAGCAGUGUUUGUUUUGUGUUCCAUGGUAUUAAACUGUCUAUGUUCCUGUCUGUGUCUGUAGGUGAUGGGGGGCAGCAGCCUUCUCUCCUAAGGCAUGACUCUGUGGACUCUGGGGUGGCAAAGGGGGGGCAUGGUGGCCUGGCGGGGGUGCCCUGCUGGAAGGAGGCUCCUCCCACCUGGCACGGGGCACCACGGGGGGCGCAGGACGGACACCACCACCCGGGGCGCCACCCCAAACGCACCGGGCCCGGAGGAGGAGACAGGGACAGGCAGGGGGGGCACCGGCAGCGCAACGGCAACUUCCAUCCCCGCAAGGGCACCCCCGGGACCCCCUACCAGGACAAGUUCCCCAACGAGGAACGCAGCAGGGAUGACAAGCUGAAGUUUGUGGAAGAGGACUUUGUGAGUAAUAAUCUCAUUCUCGAACCCCUCUGGACAGCUUCUUUACGCAUUUUAAGCAAAGUUAGCAAAGACAUUUAAAGAGCUACAUGUAGAAUUUUUGCAUUGUAAUUUCAGAAAAAGUCCAUAAUAUAUCUGCAGUAAUAGUUGAAUGAUAGUGUUUCACAAUAUUUUCACAAUAAAAUCAUAUUAUGAUAAUGCAGCCUUCCUAUUUGACAAGAAAAGACGGUCUUCUGUUGUCAAAUGGGAAAACUGCACCCUCCCUCUCUUCCAUCAGUGUCACUCAGAGGCGUGGUCAUCUCCUCAUGAGCAGAAUCAACAAUGGCAGUAGAAACCGCUCUGACAUUACGUGGUUGCUAAAAUAAAAAAUGUUGUGCUUCAUUUCAAUUUAUGUGCAAAGCAAGCAAUGUAUAGUGUAGGGCAGGGGUGUUCAACCGAGAAAAUAAAUAUAUAUAUAUAUACAGUGGGGGAAAAAAUUAUUUAGUCAGCCACCAAUUGUGCAAGUUCUCCCACUUAAAAAGAUGAGAGAGGCCUGUAAUUUUCAUCAUAGGUACAAGUCAACUAUGACAGACAAAUUGAGAAAAGAAAAUCAAGAAAAUCACAUUGUAGGAUUUUUAAUGAAUUUAUUUGCAAAUUAUGGUGGAAAAUAUGUAUUUGGUCACCUACAAACAAGCAAGAUUUCUGGCUCUCACAGACCUGUAACUUCUUUAAGAGGCUCCUCUGUCCUCCACUCGUUACCUGUAUUAAUGGCACCUGUUUGAAGUUGUUAUCAGUAUAAAAGACACCUGUCCACAACCUCAAACAGUCACACUCUAAACUCCACUAUGGCCAAGACCAAAGAGCUGUCAAAGGACACCAGAAACAAAAUUGUAGACCUGCACCAGGCUGGGAAGACUGAAUCUGCAAUAGGUAAGCAGCUUGGUUUGAAGAAAUCAACUGUGGGAGCAAUUAUUAGGAAAUGGAAGACAUACAAGACCACUGAUAAUCUCCCUCGAUCUGGGGCUCCACGCAAGAUCUCACCCCGUGGGGUCAAAAUGAUCACAAGAACGGUGAGCAAAAAUCCCAGAACCACACGGGGGGACCUAGUGAAUGACCUGCAGAGAGCUGGGACCAAAGUAACAAAGCCUACCAUCAGUAACACACUACGCCGCCAGGGACUCAAAUCCUGCAGUGCCAGACGUGUCCCCCUGCUUAAGCCAGUACAUGUCCAGGCCCGUCUGAAGUUUGCUAGAGUGGAUUUGGAUGAUCCAGAAGAGGAUUGGGAGAAUGUCAUAUGGUCAGAUGAAACCAAAAUAGAACUUUUUGGUAAAAACUCAACUCGUCGUGUUUGGAGGACAAAGAAUGCUGAGUUGCAUCCAAAGAACACCAUACCUACUGUGAAGCAUGGGGGUGGAAACAUCAUGGUUUGGGGCUGUUUUUCUGCAAAGGGACCAGGACGACUGAUCCGUGUAAAGGAAAGAAUGAAUGGGGCCAUGUAUCGUGAGAUUUUGAGUGAAAACCUCCUUCCAUCAGCAAGGGCAUUGAAGAUGAAACGUGGCUGGGUCUUUCAGCAUGACAAUGAUCCCAAACACACCGCCCGGGCAACGAAGGAGUGGCUUCGUAAGAAGCAUUUCAAGGUCCUGGAGUGGCCUAGCCAGUCUCUAGAUCUCAACCCCAUAGAAAAUCUUUGGAGGGAGUUGAAAGUCUGUGUUGCCCAGCGACAGCCCCAAAGCAACAGUGUGUGAAAACCUUGUGAAGACUUACAGAAAACGUUUGACCUGUGUCAUUGCCAACAAAGGGUAUAUAACAAAGUAUUGAGAAACUUUUGUUAUUGACCAAAUACUUAUUUUCCACCAUAAUCUGCAAAUAAAUUCAUUAAAAAUCCUACAAUGUGAUUUUCUGGGUUUUUUUUCCUCAUUUUGUCUGUCAUAGUUGACGUGUACCUAUGAUGAAAAUUACAGGCCUCUCUCAUCUUUUUAAGUGGGAGAACUUGCACAAUUGGUGGCUGACUAAAUACUUUUUUCCCCCACUGUAUAUAUACACUACUGUUCAAAAGUUUGAGGUCACUUAGAAAUUUCCUUGUUUUCGAAAGAAAAGCAAUUUUUUUGUCCUUUAAAAUAACAUCAAAUUGAUCAGAAAUACAGUGUAGACAUUGUUAAUGUUGUAAAUGGCUAUUGUAGCUUGAAACGGCUGAUUUUUAAUGGAAUAUCUACAUAGGCCCAUUAUCAGCAACCAUCAGUCCUGUGUUCCAAUAGCACGUUGUGUUUGCUAAUCCAAUUUUAUCAUUUUAAAAGGCUAAUUGAUCAUUAGAAAACCAUUUUGCAAUUAUGUUAGCACAGCUGAAAACUGUUGUGCUGAUUAAAGAAGCAAUAAAACUGGCCUUCUUGAGACUAGUUGAGUAUCUGGAGCCUCAGCAAUUGUGGGUUCGAUUACAGGAUCAAAAUGGCCAGAAACAAAUAACUUUCUUCUGAAACUCGUCAGUCUAUUCUUGUUCUGAGAAAUGAAGGCUAUUCCAUGCGAGAAAUUACCAAGAAACUGAAGAUCUCGUACAACGCUGUGUACUACUCCCUUCACAGAACAGCGCAAACAGGCUCUAACCAGAAUAGAAAGAGGAAUGGGAGGCCCCGGUGCACAACUGAGCAAGAGGACAAAUACAUUGGAGUGUCUAGUUUGGGAAACAGGCGCCUAACAGGUCCUCAACUGGCAGCUUCAUUAAAUAGUACCUGCAAAACACCAGUCGCAACGUCAACAGUGAAGAGGCGACUGGGAUGCUGACCUUCUAGGCAGAGUUGCAAAGAAAAAGCCAUAUCUCAGACUGCCCAUCUUAAUCUUUUAUUUUUAUUGGCCAGUCUGAGAUAUGUCUUUUUCUUUGUAUCUAAAUCUCUGUGAAAAAUAUUUUCAAUAACCAAAAAUAUCGUAUUUUCAGCUGUUUGAAGCUGGUGUGCAAAACCGAAAGUAAAAAGACGCGCAAGUGAAACUUAAGGAGGGGGCAGGGAAGGGAAUUGGGAAUAAAGCCAGGAGUGGAAAGAGUUGUUUGAAUUCAGGCUAAGUGUUGUUGCAAUUCACCUAGUUUCCAAGAAGGGGCUGCAUUUCACAUGUUACCCCUUUAAGGGCUUGAGUUAUUGUGUGUGCCGUAUGUCACAUCAGUCUAAUCAAAUGUUAUUUGUCACACGCUUCGUAAACAACAGGUGUAGGCUAACAGUGAUAUGCUCACUUACGGGUCCUUUUCCAACAAUGCAGAGUUAAAGAUCAAAUAAAAAUAGAAAGACUGACACCACGAGGAAUAAAUACACAGUGAAUAACAAGUAACGAGUAAAAAUAACAUAGCUAUAUAGAGGGAGUACCAGUACCGAGUAGAUGUGCAGAGGUACGAGGUAAUUGCGGUAGCUAUGUACAUAUAGGUAGGGGUAAAGUGACUAGGCAACAGGAUAGAUCAUAGACUGAGAUGUAGCAGAAGCGUAUGUGGAGCAGUACAGUGCAUUCGGAAAGUAUUCAGACCCAUUGACUUUUUCCACAUUUUUUAUCUUUAAUUAAUUUGCAAACAUUUCUAAAAACCUGUUUUCGCUUAGUCAUUAUGGGGUAUUGUGUGUAGAUUGAUGAGGGAAAAAAUUGAUUUAAUCUAAUUGAAUAAGGAUGUAACGUAACAAAAUGUGGAAAAAGUCAAGGGGUCUGAAUACUUUCCGAAUGCACCGUAGCAGCAGCAUCCAGUGCCUUCAGAAAGUAUUCACACCCCUUAACUUUUUCCACAUUUUGUUGUUACAGCCUGAAUUUAAAAUAGAUUCAAUUGAGAUUUUGUGUCACUGGCUUACACACAAUACCCCAUAAUGUCAAAGUGCAAUUAUGUUUUUACAAAUUAAUUAAAAAUGAAAGGCUGAAAUGUCUUGAGUCAGUAAGUAUUCAACCCAUUUGUUAUGACAAGCCUAAAUAAGUUCAGGAGUAAAUAUGUGCUUAACAAGUCACAUAAUAAGUUGCCUGGACUCACUCUGUGUACAAUUAUGGUGUUUAACAUGAUUUUUGAAUGACUACCUCAUCUCUGUACCCCACACAUACAAUUAUCUUUAAGGUCCCUCAGUCGAGCAGUGAAUUUCAAACAGACUCAACCACAAAGACCAGGGAGGUUUUCCAAUGUUUCGCAAAGAAGGGCACCUAUUGGUAAAUGGGUAAAAAAAGCAGAAAAAAAAGCAGACAUUGAAUAACCCUUUGAGCAAUUACACUUUGGAUGAUGUAUCAAUACACCUAGUCACUACAAAGAUACAGGCGUCCUUUCUUACUCAGAAAAGGCCAAUGGUUACUUUAAAACAGUUAGAGAGUUUAAUGGCUGUGAUAGGAGAAAACUGUGGAUGGAUCAACAACAUUGUAGUUACUCCACAAUACUAACCUAAAUGACAGUGAAAAGAAGGACGCUUGUACAGAAUAAAAAUAUUCCAAAACAUCCAUCCUGUUUGCAAUAAGGUACUAAAGUAAAAAUGUGGCAAAGAAAUUAACUUCAUGUCCUGAAUAUAAAGUGUUUAUGUUUGGGACAAAUCCAACAGAUCACUUAAUACCACUUCAUAUUUUCAAGCAUGGUGCUGGCUGCAUCAUGUUAUGGGUAUGCUUGUCAUCGGCAAGGACAAGGGAGUUCUUUAGGAUAAAAAGAAACGGAAUAGAGCUAAGCACAGGCAAAAUCCUAGAGGAAAACCUGGUUGUCUGCUUUCCAACAGACACUGGGAGUCAAAUUCACCUUUCAGCAGGACAAUAACCUAAAACACAAGGCACAAGGUCUUGCUUAGCAAGACGACAUUGAAUGUUCUUGAGUGGACUAGUUACAGUUUUGACUUAAAUCGGCUUGAAAAUCUAUGGCAAGACUUGAAAAUGGCUGUCUAGCAAUGAUCAACAACCAACUUGACAGAGCUUGAAUAAUUUUUAAAAGAAUAAUGUGCAAAUAUUGUACAAUCCAGGUGUGCAAAGCUCUUAGAGACUUACCCAGAAAGACUCACAGCUGUAAUCGCUGCCAAAGGUAAUUCUAACAUGUAUUGACUCGGGUGUGAAUACUUAAGUAAAUGAGAUAUUUCUGUAUUUCAUUUUCAAUAAAUGUGCUAAAAUUUCUACCAACUUGUUUUCACUUUGUCAUUAUGGGGUAUUGUGUGUAUGUAGAUGGGUGACAAAAAAAUUGAAUGAAUUCAGGCUGUAAAACAAAAGAAUGUGGAAUAAGUCAAGAGGUAUGAAUAUUUUCUGAAGGCACUGUAUAUUUGGUUAGUGUGAAAGUGUGUGUGUGGUGUCAGUAUGCAUGUGUGUGUAUGUGUGAGUGUGUGGGUAGAGUCCAGUGUGUGUGCAUAGAAGUCGGUACAAGAUAAUUAGUUUAAAAAAGGGUCAAUGGGCAUAGUGGCAUUAAAAUGUCUGGAUUGGUACAGGUAAACAUAAAACAUAAUGGCAAAUAUACAGUAUAUACAAACUUUAAUAUAAUGAAUAAUAACAAAUAAUGUAAAUGUUUUUUCUACCAGCCCUUCCUUAACCCUGAAACAACUGGAAAGUCUGGGAACCAGAUGAGGCCAGUGGCUCCUCACGCUGGAGUAUGGGGUAAUCACUAAUUUAUUGAUUUCGCCAUUAGAAAGUUGACAUCAGUAACAUCUUCACAAAGUUCAGACCACUCCCUUGUCUCCAUGUCGUUACCCUCCUCUAACAAGUUGUUGGGUCCCUUAUCUCCAGAGAACCCUCCUAGUGGCAAGCAGAUGGUGUCUAAGAUGCUGGUGAUCAAGAAAGUGUCCAAGGAGGACACAGGAUGCACUGCGUUCUCUGCCAGCUUCGCCAGCUCCGGAACCCCGCCCAUCAACAGCAGCAAAGCCCUGCCCACCAUUGCCAGCUCCACCCACUCUGUCUACAAGAACCUGGUGCCCAAGCCUGCCCUGGUGACCACCAAGCCCCACCAGUGGAAGCCGAGUGGGAGAGACUCCACCAAGCCUGGCCUCCACCUGUCAGGACGAGACUCUGUCUUCACCAGUCCUGUGUCUGCAGCCAAACCCUAUGCCUCUGCCACCGCCACCCAGCUACAAAGCCACAACACCCCCAAAGAGGUGAGGGCAGCGCUGCUGACACCUAACACACGUCAAAGGGUUCACAGAGUGCAUUCGGAAAGUAUUCAGAAAAUUUCACUUUUCCACAUUUUGUUACGUUACAGCCUUAUUCUAAAAUUGAUUAAAUUGUUUUUUCCCCUCAUCAAUCUACACACAAUACCCCAUAAUGACAAAGCAAAAACAGGUUUUUAGAAUGUUUAGCAAAUGUAUUAAAAAUGUCCACUCAAGGACAUUGAGACUUGUCUUGGCUGUGUGCUUAGGGUCGUUGUCCUGUUGGAAGGUGAACCUUCGCCCCAGUCUGAGGUCCUGAGCGCUCUGGAGCAGGUUUUCAUCAAGGAUCUCUCUGUACUUUGCGCCGUUCAUCUUUCCCUCGAUCCUGACUAGUCUCCCAGUCCCUGCUGCUGAAAACCAUCCCCACACCUUGAUGCUGCCACCACCAUGCUUCACCGUAGGGAUGGUACCAGGUUUCCUCCCGAUGUGACGCUUGGCAUUCAGGCCAAAGAGUUCAAUCUUGGUUUCAUCAGACCAGAGAAUCUUGUUUCACUUGGUCUGAGAGUCCUUUAGGUGCUUUUUGGCAAACUCCAAGCGGGCUGUAAUGUGCCUUUUACUGAGGAGUGGCUUCCGUCUGGCCACUCUACAUUUACAUUUAAAUUUUUGUCAUUUAGCAGACACUCUUAUCCAGAGUGACUUACAGUAGUGAGUUCAUACAUUUUCAUACUUUUUUCGUACCGGUCCCCCGUGGGAAUCAAACCCACAACCCUGGCAUUGCAAGCGCCAUGCUCUACCAACUGAGCCACACGGAAUCUCUACCAUAAAGGCCUUAUUGAUGGAGUGCUGCAGAGAUGGUUGUCCUUCUGGAAGGUUCUCCCAUCUCCACAGAGGAACUAUAGAGCUCUGUCAGAGUUAUCAUCGGGUUCUUGGUCACCUCCCUGACCAAGGCCCUUCUCCCCCGAUUGCUCCGUUUGGCCGGGCGGCCAGCUCUAGGAAGAGUCUUGGUGGUUCCAAACUUCUUCCAUUUAAGAAUGGAAGCUACUGUGUUCUUGGGAACCUUCAAUGCUGCAGAAAUGUUUUGGCACCCUUCCCCAGAUCUGUGCCUCAACACAAUCCUGUGUCGGAACUUCAUGGACAAUUCCUUCGACCUCAUGGCUUGGUUUUUGCUCUGACAUGCACUGUCAACUGUGGGUCCUUAUAUAGACAAGUGUGUGCCUUUCCAAAUAAUUUCCAAUCAAUUGAAUUUACCACAGGUGGACUCCAUUCAAGUUGUAGAAUCAUCUUAAGGGAUGAGCAAUGGAAACAGGAUGCACCUGAGCUCAAUUUCGAGCAUUCUCUUCUCUCUCUCUCUCUACCUCUGUGUUUUCUAGCAGCAUCCCUCCAGUACGACUCCUCCCAUAGACAUUGGCCCAUCGUCGCGGCUGAAGCUGAUGCGGCGCGGACCAGACCGGAAGAGUGACAUCCUGCGGACGCUGAAGGACGAGUGCACCGGAAACCUGACCUCCAGCAGCAGCAGCUCUGGGACUCCUGUACAGGUACAUAACACCCCUAGAAAAUGUCCAAAACAUCCAAAAUCUUAAAUUUAAACCAAUUGAAAGUAAAUUCACGGGCUGACUGAGGAAAAUGAAUUAGAGGCUCGGAACGUUACAUGGUUCAGUUCAUUUGUAAGCAGAAGUGUCCUGUUUUAUUAAGGUGUCUUUUCUUUGGUGUGAAUGACUCCUCAGGGCGAGAGCAGCACCCCAGAGCCCAAAGCCUACAGCCAGGGAUUCUGCCAUGAGAAUGGCCUGUCUCACUCCCACUCUCUCAGCAAUUCAGACACUGAUCACCUGUCCAGCUCCCUGGAGGCAGAACACAGGUAGGACUGACACACACACACACACACACACACACACACACACACACCAUUAGUCUACUAAGCAGUGUUUGCUGUUUCCUUGCAGGUUACUGAAGGCCAUGGGCUGGCAGGAAUACCCAGAAAAUGAUGACAGCUUCCUGCCCCUGACAGAGGAUGAGCUCAGAGAGUUCCAGACUAAAACUGAACAGGUACGAGUUUGACACACUUACAAUAUCUUCAAUAUGUUAUGUGCAUCUUCAAUAACAGACUGUUAUAAACUUCAUAGGAAGUGGCAUGUGGUUGAAUAGAAUGAAAACAGGGUGUUUAGGUAACCCAAGCUCCGUUUAUACCUGGUGCUAACAUGCAUCCUUUGUCCUGAUUUUGUCCACAUUCUGAUUGUGCCAACAUUUUUAGAUGGGUGUAGAGUAGCCAAUCAAAAGACAUCGUGAACUGAUUGUAAUCAGAUCUUUCUGACUACCCUCCGGAGGUAGUCAGGCACGCAAAAUAUCUGGAUAUCUUACAAGUGUAAAAAGAUCUGGAUGGUGAAACCAUUUGAUUCAUCAUUAUAGUGCCCAGUAAAAUGAUUAACAAGAUAAACUCAAGGCAUCAAUAAUUGUCUAAGCAUGAUAUAUAAAUUAUUACUUUGAAACAAUCUCUCAAAUACUUUUUAUACAUGGAGUGACCAGGAAAUCUGGUCACAAUGCGGACACAGUGGACCAAUAAGACACAUUUUAAUACCAUGUGUAAACGUGACAGAACUUGAUCAGAUAGUGAAAACCACAUGUUAGCGCAAGGUGUAAAAAAGGCUCCUGUGUAUGUGUUGUAGCCAACACUCCCAUGCUGUAUGGAAGAGUUGUCUAAAGCACAUAGGAUGGGACCAGGCUAGUGUCUAGGUUCUUGUUUUGACUCGGGUGGUUCUUGGUCUUCUCAGAUGAAGAGGAACGGGGUCCUCCCCCGGGGUGCACGAGGUGUCACCCUCCACUUCACCACCUGGAGGUGUGUGGCCGAGGCCCACCUAGAAGAGGACGAGGGCUCAGAGUCUGAAACCAGCAGCAGCAGCCAGACCUCAGACGAUGAUGACGUUGGCGACUGCAUCAAAACCUGACGAAGUGGCUUUACGAAACAAACCCAACACACACACCCCCCUCUCGUCUUUGUUUUCAGAACACCUGUUUCGACUUGAUCUUGCACAAGCUAAAACCAAUCACAUCCUAGUGGAGGGGAAAGUUUCUGCUUCGCCAUGCAGAUGUCUUUUUCCCUGCGUUGCCUCCUUCACUGCACCUCCUCCCCACUUCCCUUCUUCCUCGCUUUGUGGAACUGAGUGUUUGUCAAGAAAAGGGCAAUGCACAUCCGAUUCUGCUUUAAACAGACUAACUCAUCUCAGUGAUGCUGACGACAUUAAAGAUAUUAAUAAAAUUGGUUCCUGACAUGGUGAGAUGUUUCAAUACGGAUCCGGCCUUGCUUGAUGUUAUGUGUUCUGAUUGUUGUUUCAAUGAACAAGUUGUUGGAUUGUGUUAAUGGUCAAUCGCAUCACAUGGUUUCAGUCACCAUAGAUAUACCAACCCUUUCUUCAAUACAGUGUUAACCAUGCUGGGUGGUCUCGCUGCUUACAGUACACAAACCUACCAGGGGUCAAAUCUGACCCAAUGCCUGUGACACUCCUAUCUUUCCCAGUUUCUCUCCUGUCCCAUAAAUCAAAUAUGAAAAAUGGAACAAACCAUGCAGACUGCGAUUACCACUAAGACAGAUUAACGACUCUAUUCACUAUCGCAGAAGCGUUACAGAUUGCGCACUAGAAAUGUAAAGGUAAUUUCUGAUUGAGCUGUCAUUCAAC